ACAUGGCGUCCAGCUCAGGGUCCAUUGCUUUGGCUGAGAAGCUGCAGGGUCUGAAUGGGCUAUUUGCGAUCCACAAAAAGAAAGGCCCCACUUCAGCAGACGUGCUGAAUCUCCUGAAAACUAAGCUUUUAAAAGAGGCUGGCAUCAAGCAACAUCCAAUGAAAAGAAAGAAACAGGUUCUGAAGUUGGGACAUGGAGGAACCCUGGACAGUGCAGCAUCAGGAGUGCUUGUGGUUGGCAUUGGCAAAGGGACCAAAAUGCUUGGUGGAAUGUUGUCCUGCUCCAAGAAAUAUACAACAAUUGGGGAAUUUGGAAAAGCCACAGACACAUUCGAUGCUCUCGGGACCGUGACAGAAGUACAGUCAUACGAUCACAUAACGAAGGAUGACCUGGAAAGUACUCUGAAGAAAUUUACAGGAAACAUUAUGCAGACUCCUCCAAUAUAUUCUGCUUUGAAGCAAAAUGGGCAACGACUUUCCUGUUUAGUAAAGAAGGGAGAAGCUGUGGAAGCUAAACCUGCCAGACCUGUUGUGGUUUUUAGUCUUUCUGUACAGGAUUACAAUCCUCCUCUCUUUACUCUGAAUGUUGAAUGUGGUGGUGGGUUUUAUGUCCGCAGUUUGGUUAAUGACCUUGGCAAAGAACUUUCUUCAUGUGCCCAUGUAAAGGAGUUGAUCAGAACCAAACAGGGUCCUUUUACUUUGGAUGAACAUGCACUUCAAGAGGAGAAAUGGACAAUCAGUGAAAUAGUAAAAGCUGUAGAGUCUUGUGUCCAAAUAGUUCCAUCUGAAGCAGCAUUAAAGAAAUUGAAGAUAAACUGUCAGGACGACACUGAACAAGUGAAAGAAGCUACUUGAUAUUGAGAUACGUUUCUUGUUGAAAAAACAAAGUAAGGAAUACAAUGUAGUCUGAAUUAUUCUGCUGUACAGUUCACAUUCUUAGUUAUAAACCACUCUGAUUAAUAGCAAUUUUAAAAUAUUCUUUGAAAAUGCCAAGAAUGUUGACCCUUUGUGUUGCAUAAUUAGUCAAUCCAGUUUCGUGAGUCUGAACAAUAUUUGGAUGGUGGUUCUUAACGAGAGGGUCUGUUAACAUCCUGGAUACUUUGCUUUGUUGAAAUGUUCAAGUUACAUAAUUCUCCGUCUUAUGCAAGAUUUGAAUAACUCUUAAUAGUUAUUAAGUAAGA